AAAACAUUUCUUUCAUCAGUCUUCUUAGUUACUAGAUUCUAAGGUGUGCUUAUUUUUAGCAUUCAGUGAGCGCUAUGUUUUAUUAUGCAUAACGUUCCUUUCUAAUUCUUAGGAAUGAUACCCCCACCAAACCACACCCUAUCCUACGCCACCCCGGUAUUUUCUUGAAUUUUACUUGACUGAACUUUUCUUCAUUGUAGUCCUUCUUAUUACAAGAUUCUAAGGUUUAAUUGUUUGUUGCAUUCAUUGCUAUGUUCUGAAUCAUUCUCCUUUCGUGAUUCAUGUAUGAAUGUCUUCUAGCUCCAUACCUCGCUUUGUCUGUGAUUUCAUUUUCCGCACUUCUGAAAGGGGCUAUAAAUUCAAUUCAAUUCAGUGUAUUCUUGCUUAUUCAGAAGGGAGUUUCUGAGUAUAAUGGAGAUUCCAAGCAAUAAAACCAUAUCAAAAAUGGAAGAUUAUGAAGUAAUAGAACAAAUUGGAAGAGGAUCUUUUGGAGCUGCAUUUCUUGUUCAUCAUAAAAAUGAGAAAAAGAAGUACGUUUUGAAGAAGAUUCGCCUUGCUAAGAAAACUGAAAAAUUUAAGCAUGCUGCCCGCCAAGAGAUGGAUUUGAUGGCGAAGCUAAAUAACCCCUACAUAGUUAAGUACAAGGAUGCAUGGGUCGAGAAGGACUGCUGCGUGUGCAUUGUGACAAGUUACUGUGAAGGUGGAGACAUGUAAGUAGAGUUGAGCUUAUUCGAGCAUUUUAACUCUAAUGACAUGUUUGGUAAGGUGAAUUAUAAUGGACAGUAUUGUCUAGUUCAGUACUCCGUACCAAACACAUGUUGACUGUGCCCAUGUCAAUUUUAACCUGAUUUUUAUAUCCUCUUUUAACCUUAAUCGU